ACCAACGGAGGAAAUAACAGGUGCUCGAUCAGAACCAGCAGCCAUGCAUCACUGCCUGCUCCCCCUGUGCGUCCUGGGACUCCUCGCCCUCUCCUCCGCCUGCUACAUCCAGAACUGCCCGCGAGGAGGGAAGCGCGCGCUGCCGGAGGGAGGCAUCAGACAGUGCAUGUCCUGUGGCCCCGGAGACAGGGGCCGCUGCUUUGGCCCCAGCAUCUGCUGUGGAGAGGGUCUGGGCUGCCUCCUUGGCUCAGCAGCAUCAGCUCACUGUGAGGAGGAGAACUACCUGCUCACCCCCUGCCAGGCAGGAGGGAGGCCCUGUGGACCUGAGGGGGGGCGUUGUGCCUCCUCAGGACUCUGCUGUAACUCUGAGGGCUGCAUGGUGGACUCUGAUUGCCUUGGGGAGACCGAUGCCACGGAUCCAUCCCAGAGCUCUUCAAGGAACUCCCCAACAGAUCUGCUGCUUCGUCUCCUCCACGUGGCCAGCAGAGGACAGAGCGAUUACUGAUCCUACAGAUGGCAAGCUCCCCUACUUGCUCCUAAAGACCUGCAGCUAGAACAGAUAUAAGGCCUCAAUCUGUGAACUCUGAACCCAGUCAGUUUGUCCUGUCCUAAUCGUUUUUUCUGUGCUCUUCAACCCUGUUUUACAAAUUCAAACAUAUUUCAAACCCCUAGACAAAGAUAGUAUAAUACAAACAGCUAAUUUCUUCUUUACUGUCACUUUCAAAGGAACUGUACAUACAUGCACAUAAUGUACACAAUCAAGUCAAAGAAAACUGUAAAAUAAACAACGGAUCAUGAAGUAAACAGUCACUGCCUCACGUUUGCUUCAGUCAGUUUCUCCUGUUUAGCAGAAAUGUAUAUG